AUGGAGAAGACGGCUGUCAUGCACCAACCGCCACCCAAUACAGCCCACUGUGUGCCGCAAAUCAGCAUAAACGGAACCCAAAUACAAGUGGUGGACAACUUUACGUAUCUGGGCCGUACCCUCUCCCGCAGUACCAAAAUCCCCGGCGAGGAUGACCGCUGCAUUUCCAAAGCCAGCCGAGCCUUCGGCCGUCUGCAGAACAACGCCUGGAGCCGACACGGUCUCCAUCUCAACGCGAAGAUGAAGAUGUACUGGGUAGUCAUCCUGUCGACGCUGGUAAACGGAGCGGAUACCUGGAUGGUGUAUAAGAAGCGGGCGCGGCGACUCAACCACUCCCACCUCAGCUGCCGUCGACGGAUACGGAGGCUGAGGUGGCAGGACCGGAUCCCCGACGCUGACGCACUGGAGCGGGAGGGAAUCCCCAGCAUCUACGCCAUGCUGAGACAACUGUAA